AUGCUGCUCCACACAGCAUCCUGCUACACCGAGUCGACUCACCUGGAUACGGGAAAUGGCACAGAACAGAACAAGACAAAUGGAAACAGACUUCAGCCCUUUGCUCAGAUUAAUGAGGUUCACCCAAAACCAGGACGGGCCCACAAACGGUACAAGUCUUACCAGCAUGGAAAAACUUUCAGCCAGUUAUCUCAUAUAAAACACCACCAGCUCAUCCAUGAUGAGGAAAAACCACACACCAGUGACCAGUGUGGCAGUGCUUUUAGUCAGUCAUCUAAUCUAAAACAUCUUAUUGACAGUGAGAAAAAAGCAUUCACCUGUGACCAAUGUGGGAAAUAUUUUAGCCGAAUCUAUACCCUGCAAAAUCACCAACGCAUCCACAGUGGAGAGAAACCAUACACCUGUGACCAGUGUGAGAAAUCUUUCAGCCAGAUAAAUACCUUGAAAAUUCACCAGCGCAUCCACAGUGGAGAGAAACCGUACAUCUGUGAACAAUGUGGAAGAACUUUCGGCAAGUCAUCAACCUUAAAAACACACCAACGCAUCCACAGUGGAGAGAAACCAUACACCUGUGACCAAUGUGGGAAAUCUUUCAGCCAGUUAUCUACCCUACAACAACACCAACGCAUCCACACUGGAGAGAAACCAUACACCUGUGACCAAUGUGGGAAAUAUUUCAGCCAGUUAUCGAGCCUAAAACAGCACCAACGCAUUCACAGUGGAGAGAAACCGUACACCUGUGACCGAUGUGGGAAAUCUUUCAGCCAGUUAAAUACCCUGCAAAUUCACCAACGCAUCCACAGUGGAGAGAAACCAUACACCUGUGACCAAUGUGGGAAAACUUUCAACCAGUUAAAUACCCUGCAAAUUCACCAACGCAUCCACAGUGGAGAGAAACCAUACACCUGUGACCAAUGUGGGAAAUCUUUCAGCCGUUUAAAUACCCUGCAAAAUCACCAACGCAUCCACAGUGGAGAGAAACCAUACACCUGUGACCAAUGUGGGAAAUCUUUCAGCCAGAUAAAUACCUUGAAAAUUCACCAACGCAUCCACAGUGGAGAGAAACCAUACACCUGUGACCAGUGUGGGAAAUCUUUCAGCCAGUUUUCGAGCCUAAAACAGCACCAACGCAUUCACAAUGGAGAGAAACCGUACACCUGUGACCGAUGUGGGAAAUCUUUCAGCCACUUAAAUACCCUGCAAAUUCACCAGCGCAUCCACAGCAGAGAGAAACCAUAUAUCUGUGACCAAUGUGGAGAACCUUUCCGCCAUUUAUCAAGCCUACAAAUACACAAACUCCUCCACAGUGGAGAGAAACCGUACAUCUGUGAACAAUGUGGAAGAACUUUCGGCAAGUCAUCAACCUUAAAAACACACCAACGCAUCCACAGUGGAGAGAAACCAUACACCUGUGACCAAUGUGGGAAAUCUUUCAGCCAGUUAUCUACCCUACAACAACACCAACGUAUCCACACUGGAGAGAAACCAUACACCUGUGACCAAUGUGGGAAAUAUUUCAGCCAGUUAUCGAGCCUAAAACAGCACCAACGCAUUCACAGUGGAGAGAAACCGUACACCUGUGACCAAUGUGGGAAAUCUUUCAGCCAGUUAAAUACCCUGCAAAUUCACCAACGCAUCCACAGUGGAGAGAAACCAUACACCUGUGACCAAUGUGGGAAAACUUUCAACCAGUUAAAUACCCUGCAAAUUCACCAACGCAUCCACAGUGGAGAGAAACCAUACACCUGUGACCAAUGUGGGAAAUCUUUCAGCCGUUUAAAUACCCUGCAAAUUCACCAACGCAUCCACAGUGGAGAGAAACCGUACACCUGUGACCAAUGUGGGAAAUCUUUCAGCCAGUUAUCGAGCCUAAAACAGCACCAACGCAUUCACAGUGGAGAGAAACCGUACACCUGUGACCGAUGUGAGGAAUCUUUCUGCCGUUUAUCGAGCCUACAAAUGCACAAACUCAUCCACAGUGGGCAGAAACCGUACACCUGUGACCGAUGUGAGGAAUCUUUCUGCCAUUUAUCGAGCCUACAAAUGCACAAACUCAUCCACAGUGGGCAGAAACCAUACAUCUGUGACCAGUGUGGGAAAUCUUUCAGUCAGUCGUCUGCCCGACAAAAACAUCAACGCAUUCACAGUGAAAAUAAAGUUUACACCUGUGAAGAAUGUCAGAGUUUCAGCCGCAUGAAGUGGUACUUAAAACACAAACAGAUCAAUAUGGGAGACAAACCAUAGUGGUCAAAUCAAAUCACUUUUAUUUAUAUAGCGCCAAAUCACAACAAACAGUUGCCCCAAGGCGCUUUAUAUUGUAAGGCAAGGCCAUACAAUAAUUACGGAAAAACC